UACUCUCAUCUGGCACACACACACACGCACGCACGCACGCGCACUCACGCACGCACUACCCACACUACACACCGCUUUGCAUCAUGCAGCACGGCUCAUGAUAAGAAACCUGUUACACACGCCGCACAUGUGAUGGCAGGCAGCAGCCGCAGCCCGUCGAGCACCUCCGCAGAUUAAUCAGCCGGCGACCUGCACUCCUGAGAGUCUCGGGUUGGGUAUCUUAAUGAGGAUAUUGCGGCAAUGGUGAAGGACAAAGCCGAAAACCGGACGCUUCAGUAUCAGCAAACUUUGAUGUAUGGGCGGUACACCCAGGAGCUGGGUGUUUAUGCCAAGGAGGAAGCAGCCCGCCUUCGGGAUGGAGGAGUGCGGGAUGGGGGAGGACUGCGGAGGAACACCAGCGUUCGUAGUCGUGCUGCAGAUCUGCUGGAGUAUGAGAAAGACCCCUGUUCAAAGUGCCAGUUGUGCGCAUCUCGCUGCCAGAAGUUUCUGAUCUCGCGGGUGGGGGAGGACUGGAUCUUCCUCAUUCUGCUGGGGCUGCUCAUGGCUCUGGUCAGCUGGGUCAUGGACUACGCCAUCGCUUUCUGCCAAGAAGCACAGAAGUGGAUGUAUGGUGGACUGGACAGUAACCUGCUUCUGCAGUACAUUGCCUGGGUCACCUAUCCUGUAGUGCUCAUCACUUUCUCAGCAGGAUUCACACAGAUACUGGCACCUCAGGCUGUGGGUUCAGGUAUUCCUGAGAUGAAGACGAUCCUGAGAGGGGUGGUCCUAAAGGAGUACCUGACUUUUAAGACAUUCGUGGCCAAAGUCAUUGGUCUGACCUGUGCUCUAGGCAGUGGGAUGCCUCUAGGGAAGGAGGGACCCUUUGUUCAUGUUGCCAGUCUGUGUGCUGCUCUCCUGAGCAAACUCAUGGCAGCUCUGUUUGGUGGGAUUUUCAUGGAAGAGCCCUUUGAGGGAAGCAAGAACGAGCUGAGGAACACAGAGAUGCUGUCGGCUGCCUGUGCAGUGGGUGUGGGCUGCUGUUUCGCUGCCCCUAUUGGAGGGGUGCUGUUUAGUAUUGAGGUCACUUCGACGUUUUUUGCGGUGAGGAACUACUGGAGGGGCUUCUUUGCUGCCACCUUCAGUGCCUUCAUAUUCAGAGUGUUGGCAGUGUGGAACCAGGAGGAAGAGACCAUCACUGCCCUCUUUAAGACCCGUUUCCGUCUGGACUUCCCGUUUGACCUUCAGGAGUUGCCAGCGUUCGCCAUUCUCGGGAUUGCCUGUGGUUUUGGUGGUGCUCUGUUUGUCUACCUGAACCGGCUGAUUGUAGAGUGCAUGAGGAAACAGAAGACCAUUAACAAGUUCCUGUUGAGGAAGCGUCUGGUGUAUCCCGCACUCGUCACCCUGCUGGUCUCCACGCUCACGUUCCCUCCGGGCUUCGGGCAGUUCAUGGCUGGACAACUGACGCAGCACGAGUCUCUGGUCGCGCUGUUCGACAACCGCACUUGGUGCCGUCAGGGCGUGGCGGAGGAGUUCGACUACAUCAGCCACCACCACGCCUGGAAACACCCCCAGGUCAACGUCUUCAUCACACUCAUCCUCUUCAUCAUCAUGAAGUUCUGGAUGUCCGCUGUGGCCACCACCAUGCCUGUUCCAUGUGGGGCCUUCAUGCCAGUUUUUCUUAUUGGCGCAGCAUUUGGCAGACUUGUUGGAGAGGUCAUGGCGGCCAUGUUUCCUGAUGGCAUACAUGCUGACGGCAGCGUGUAUCCCAUAGUUCCUGGCGGUUAUGCUGUAGUUGGUGCUGCAGCGCUGUCUGGAGCAGUCACCCACACUGUAUCCACAGCAGUCAUAGUGUUUGAGCUGACUGGUCAGAUCUCUCACAUCUUGCCUGUGAUGAUCGCUGUGAUCCUGGCCAACGCUGUGGCCCAGUCGCUCCAGCCAUCGCUGUAUGACUCCAUCAUCCGCAUCAAGAAACUUCCCUAUCUGCCUGAACUUGGCAUGGGCCAUCACGAGAAGUAUAAUAUCCGUGUGGAGGACAUCAUGGUCAGGGAUGUGCGCUACAUCACUCUUAAUUCUUCCUAUCGGGAACUGCAGGAGAUGCUGCUGACUGGUCAGCUCAAAACACUGGCCCUGGUUGAAUCUAGAGACUCCAUGAUCCUUCUGGGCUCCAUAGAGCGACUGCAGCUCCAGGCUCUCCUCUCUUCUCAGCUUGGUGUCCAGCGGAGACUGGAGUACCUCCGCCAGCUGGCCCAGGACAAUGGCACCCAAGAUCACCUGCCCAGCCUGACUACCGACAGCACACCCAGCUCCCCCUGUGCCCACACCCACACCAAUGCGUCAACCAACACUCGCCAAGCGGUCCGCUUCCUGAUCUCCACAGAGGAGUCUUCCUCCUUCAGCCCAGUGGUUUCCAAUGUUCAACUUCCUCUGAAAUCUGCCUUGAAAACCGUGUCUGCCAUCAGCGACACAGAGACGCCAAAUAGCUCUCAGACCCUCUCCUGUGCUGACCAAGACAAGGAGCUACUGGAGAGCCCGGCUGGGCCGGCUCCUCCUGAAAAAAGAAAGCCCAAACGAGUGAGGAUCUCCAUGGCGGACUCUACUGAAGUGGAAGAUUGUAUGACCCCAUCAGAGAUAGCAGAGUGGGAGGAACAGCAGCUCGAUGAGCCGGUGGACUUCAAGAACUGCAAGAUUGAUCCUGCUCCCUUCCAGCUGGUCGAGCAAACCUCUCUGCAUAAGACGCACACUAUCUUCUCUCUGCUGGGUCUGGAUCACGCCUAUGUGACUAGCAUGGGACGUCUGGUUGGAGUGGUCUCGCUUAAAGAGCUGCGGAAGGCAAUAGAGGGUUCAGUGACAGUGACUGGAGUAAAAGUGCGCCCUCCCUUGGCCAGUUUCCGUGACUGUGGGAACAGCACAAACGUGUCCGAGGUAACAGAGCUACACAAGCUGUGCAUCCGCCACAGGGGGCUCUCAUUGCCACGGGAGCCCAACCUUCCUGACGUGGAGGAGCAACCCGAUCUCCCGUAUAAAGAGAUUCCUGUCAACUUCCAGGACCAGUCAAAUUUGCAGCUGGAGACAGGUACCACAAAUCCGUUGUCGGAGUUGGUACUCCAGGAAAGCCCCUCAUUCACCGAGGACCAAUCAGAGUUUACUUUUGACUGCAGCCCCUCCCACACUGAGGAGUCGGAGCUGGCUUGUGACUAUGACCCCCCUACCCACACUCCUGAGCCAGAUGAAACAGAGCAAGAGCAAGGGAGUCUGUCUCUUAACAAGGACCUAUCAGAACCUGAGGUAGAGGGUAGCCCCGCCCACACUGAGGAUCAAUCAGAAUGAUCAGAGGGGAUCCAUACCGUCGCCUCAUGAAUGUGACGUUUCUUACGUUUGUAGAGGUCACCCUAACCUCCAAGUCCAGCCUAGAUACCCAUGUUUCUAACGUUUUUGUGGCACGACUGAGUGAGUAAGUGAAAGUGAGAGUGAACAGGAGUAGAUAUGUGAUACUUAGUAUUGUGUUACUGUGCAAAUACCUGGAUAAAGUGUGUAGUAAUGGCUAAAGCUUAAUCUGUAUUUUUAUUGCCGUUCACAAAUCCCAUGAAAAGAGCAAAACCUACAAAAGGUUUGUCUCAUAACAUUCCUGUUCUGUCUAUGACUCUUUAAAGGGAAACUCUUGGGAAACAAUACUUCAUAGGUGAACAAUACUUCAUAGUUUUCAUAAGUUGCCUCAAGUGAUGUCACUCGAGUCAACAUCAGUUGGACUACAGACUACAAGUCUGAAAAUAAAAAAAACCCUGGGUUUGUGGAAAUAGAAAGAAGUGAGUUUAUCGGUCUUCUGUAGCUCCUCUGCUUGAAGCUAGAUCAUCCACUACUAACAUGACACACCUGAAUGUCUGACCUAAUUGUCAGCAGGUGAGUUGCACUGUGGGUAACGUAGGCACCAGGUUUUGAGGGAGGAGAGGUCAGAGACUAAAAGAAGACAAUAUUGUUGGUUCAUCAGGAGUCCGACAGUGUUACAGGAGUGUACUGAUAGGUCAGUGGAGUCAGUGGCGUAUCCUUUUAAGAACAAGUAGGGCCAAACACAUAGUUUUCAAUCAUAUCAUGAGUCUUGGACUCAUGAAUAUCAAAGUGUUUUAAGAACUUGUACAUGUUGACCUAAAUGUUGAAUUGAAACUAUGGUCAAAAAAGGUCAAGAAUGAAGAAAACUAUGAUAAAAUCAGAAGGUUUGAGAACAUCUACUAAUGGACCUUUAGGUAAAAUUAUUUUCAUAAAUCAACAGCAGGGCAUCAUGGGUAAUGUGACUAUUAAUAGUAAGCAGUGCAUUUGUUGGGGCUUAUUUUCGUGUCAGUCUAACAGGUGAAAAUGUUGGCCAGUAUUAUCAGCCAAUUUGUGCAUCAGUGUGGCUCAUUGAUGUGUUUUUAAGCGCUGUCACGGAGGAAUAAUCUACAACAUAAAACUAAUUUGGUCUUUUCAUGAGAUUUGUUGACAGUAAGAAAAAUAAAGAACAAUACCAGCUUUAUCUUUUAAAUGCGUGUCUGUGUGUGUGAUUGCAUGUGUGGGACACACUUUUCGACGCUUUCCCUGCCAUGCUCAAAUCUGGUCCAGGCUCGUAUACGUAAUUUGAAUCGUCAUGCCAAAAUGACAUCUUGUAAACAUAACUUCAGGCACUACAAGAAAGGGAAAUAAGUAUGCAAAUACAUGCAAAUCACAGAGAAGAAAGCACAGCUAAGAUGUGGAAAAUUAUUCUAAUGAGCACACAAUGUUAUGAAUUCAAACUACUACCUUUUCACUAGCACUGGACUAAUGCAUCAGGACCAGACUUUGAAGGCUAACAACAUUAAGAUAUCAUGAUGUUGGUUGUUUGUUGGCUGAUAUGCAAUAAAAUUCCAGUAAUAAUGCAGUUAAAGGUGAUUUAAAAGCAACAGCGUCAUCACUAGUUUACGUAACUCUGCUGUCCGUUAAAUGUCAUUGUUAUCAUUAUUUUUUUCAAUUUUACUACCAAAUAUUGGUGUCCAUAUAAGCCCCCCAGAAUCCCAGCUGGGAUCUGUUCACAUAAAGACAAAGGCAGCUUCCAAAGGUCCACCAGGAUUAGUACAGGGCUCCAAAUACUGAUGAAGCACAUUGUAAUUAUCAUGAGUAUUAUUUACUGCACAUGUAGCCUUGUUUGGCUUUAUAGGGGCUGAUUCCAUAAGGGCGAUGCAGACUUGUUAGUCUUGUCACUUGAACUGCCUCCACAUUUUAUGGUAUGUAAAUUUGCUGUGUUUAACGUGUUUCUAGCAUGUUAAAGGAACAACACUUGAGCUCAGAGUGAAAGGGAGAUACUGGCUGUUGUACAGAGCUCACAAAACACACACACACACACACACACACACAUGUAUGCAGUCUGUAGAUAUUAACAUGGUGAUAUGUUAUCGUAACCCAGCCUGGCCUCAAAUGCAAUGUUGAGAAAUGUAACUAAAGUAUGAAGCACAGUGAUACCCACAAGUUCAAAAACUAUUGCAAAGUGUGUGUGUGUGUGUGUGUGUGUGUGAGUGCGAGGGAGAGUCCUUGUUAUGACCUUCAAAUGGAUGUAAGUAAUUUAGCUUCAUGCGACAAUUUUGAGCCAUGUUUCACUCUUAUGUGAUAUCAUCACAGCACACGCUCAUUUUCAUGUGUGUAAACAUCUGUGCAACGAUUUAUUGACGUCUUAACUUUUUGUUUGCAUAUACAAUGUGAAGUAGUGCUCGCCAUAUAAGAUAAUGUAUAAGGAGUUAAAUGUAGAGAGUGUAUAAGCUAAUUUGCAGCGUAUCUAGUUAAGCAAUAAGUCUGUAGUAUCUCCCUUUAUAUGGCGCUGGCCUGUAUAUGCUUUGUACAUAUGAAAAUACACGGAUGAUAUCUACGUACCUGCUACUGUACAUAGGAGAAUUAUGCAUUUGAGAUCCAACAGCCAUUGUUAUUUUUCAGAGGACAUGAAAUUGUUUUUUGUACAUGAGUGAAUGAUUAAAU